AUGGGAUCCGCAUGCUCAUACGACGCGACGGAAGGAGCUCUGGAGGGCCCCGAGAGCCAACAGGACAAUGUUGGCGUGGCCGUCGUCUUUGUCGCCGAUGAUUUUGUCCUGCUGCCGCUGCUGCUGCUGACCACAACCGCAUCAACAACCACGCCGACAGCCAUCAUGGACUUCUACGACCCCAACAAGGGCAAGAAGGGCAGCUGUGACGGCAGCGGUAACGAGUUUGUCCAGCCUGGCGAGAAGGACACCUACGUCCAGCUCGUCAUCUCCCUGGCCCUCGGGUCCACAGCCUUCAUUGCCUUUUGUGUCCUACGUCCACGAUGGAAGUCGUUGUACGCCGCCAGACGCCGCCAGUUCGGCCCCCAGAUAGGCCUGCCUCCUCUGCCAGACAGCUUCUUCGGGUGGAUGCCCGCCCUCUACAAGGUCACCGAAGAACAAGUCCUGGCCUCAGCUGGUCUUGACGCCUUCGUGCUCCUCGCCUUCUUCAAACUCUCUAUCAAGCUCUUCGCCAUCCUCUUCUUCUUCGCCGCCACCGUCCUCGAGCCCAUAAACCGGCGGUACUCCCCCGAAGAUACCCCCAAGAAGCCCGACGAUGAUAGCGACAACAGUUGGAACUACGACAUGGGAUACCUCUGGGCCUACCUCGUGUUUACCUACUUCUUCACCCUCCUCACACUCCACCUCCUCAAUAAGGAGACCUUCAAGGUCAUCAAAAUACGACAGGACUACCUCGGCACUCAGAGCACCAUCACCGACAGGACCUUUAAGCUCUCCGGCAUGCCUCGCGAGCUGCGCGACGAGGCCAAGCUUAAGGAGCUGGUUGAGAAGCUGGAGAUUGGCAACGUCGAGAGUGUGACCCUGUGCCGGAACUGGAAGGAGCUGGACGACCUCGUUGCUGCAAGGGCCAGAACCCUGCGCAAGCUCGAGGAGACCUGGAGCGUGUACCUGGGCCAGAAGUCUAAAAACUGUCUCGAUGACAGACACAGGCUCGUCAGCAACGCCGUGGCCCCCCAUGAUGAGUCUGCCAUCGUUGACGAGGAGGCCCAAGAUGGCGAACGCGCAAGCCUCCUGGGCGGCGGUCGCAACGGUGCCGCCCAUCACCACUGGAUUGACCGUCCACGUCCGCAGACGCUCGUCUGGUACGGUCCGUUCCGUCUGAGGCACAAGAAGGUGGACGCCAUCGACUACUAUGAGGAGAAGCUCCGGCGGCUCGAUGAGCAGAUUCAUGUGGCUCGCAAGAAGGAGUACCAGCCGGUCGAUCAGGCCUUUGUGACAAUGGACUCUAUUGCGGCCUGCCAGAUGGCUACCCAGGCACUGAUCGACCCCCGGCCGGGCCAGCUGUUGACAAAGUAUGCGCCCGCCCCUUCGGAUGUCGUGUGGCGCAACACCUAUGCUUCUAGGAAGAGCAGGGUCAUCAAGUCGUGGAUCAUCACCAUCUUCAUCAGCUUGCUCUCGGUUCUCUGGCUGAUCCCCGUGGCCACUAUUGCUGGUCUGCUGUCGCUCUGUACCAUCAAAAAGGUCUUCCCAAACCUGGCCGAUUUCCUCAACGACCAUGAGGUCAUCAAGGCUCUCGUGCAGACUGGCUUGCCAACGGCCGUGGUGUCACUUCUCAACGUCGCCAUUCCGUUUCUCUACGACUAUCUCUCCAAUAGCCAGGGCAUGCUCUCCCAGGGUGAAGUCGAAUUGUCCAUCGUGUCCAAGAAUUUCUUCUUUACCUUCUUCAACAUUUUCCUCGUCUUCACCGUCUUCGGUACUGCGACUCAGAUUUGGACCGUCAUUCGCGACUCCUUCAAGGACACCACCUACAUCGCUCAGCAGCUCGCUCGGCAGAUCCAAAAUCUGAACGUCUUCUACCUGAACUUCAUCAUGCUCCAAGGUCUGGGCCUUUUCCCCUUCCGCCUGCUCGAGUUUGGCGCAGUCUCACUGUACCCCAUCAACCGCCUGGGCGCAAAGACUCCCCGCGACCACGCGACGCUCACCACGGCCCCAUACUUCAGCUACGGCUUCUACCUGCCCACGUCGCUGCUCAUCUUCAUCUUAUGCCUUGUCUACUCCGUACUGCCACGCGGUUACAUUGUCCUUGCGGUAGGAGUCGUGUACUUCGCCCUAGGCUACUUCACCUACAAAUACCAACUGCUCUACGCCAUGGACCAGCCCCAGCACGCUACCGGCGGCGCGUGGCGCAUCAUCUCAUACCGCAUGGUCCUCGGCCUCAUAGUCUUCCAGGUCACCAUGGCUGGUUACCUUUCCCUGCAGCUUGCUUUCUUCGCAUCCCUGCUCGUGGUCCCCUUGCUUAUGGGCACGGUGUGGUACUCAUACUACUGGAAGCGCCAAUUCGAGCCGCUGACCAACUACAUUGCUUUGCGAUCUAUUCGCCACCGCCAGUCCAGCCGCCCCAGGAACAACGACAGCAACAGCGGCAGCGGCGCCAGCUCUCCCGGUGACGAGGGGGGCAGCGUUGUUCAUGACGAAGUUUUCGGUGGGCCCGGACGCCACCCACCACAAGACCUGCUCCGUCGCCGGAAGAGCACCGUCGACGAGGACAAGGAAAAGGGCCUGCGGUUCAUCAACCCGAGCCUCGUGGUCCCGCUCGAGCAGCCGUGGAUCUACCAUGACCCACCUCCGCUUCUUGCGAGAGACUCCAGCGCGGGGUUCAACGGCGGGGACACAGACGAUGCGUUGUUUAGGUGGGUCAGGACCGGAGCCGGACAACAACAACUACGGAGGUAA